UUCGAGCCACCAGUAGCUUUCACUUUCGGGUCAAUAGGACCGAGGGUUCACUGGAACUUACUCGAUUCCCGCAAUGAUCUGGCUGCUCACCAGUGCGAUGUGCGGUUUAAUAUCAGGCGCGCAAGAAGAUCGAUGGACGUCAAUCGAGCGGCAUUCAAGAUAUCGGUCGAUGGAAGCGCCCAGCACGACAGGCUUUAUGAAGACAGAGACACCAUUUCAAUCUUCGUGAAAGAUGAUUGGUACUGA